AUGCAUGUCCUAGUAACAAAUGACGACGGUCCGCCGUCCAACCAGUCCUCCCCCUACGUUCACUCACUCGUCCAUUCCCUCCAAAACGCUGGCCAUACAGUUUCAGUGAUACUCCCCAAUCAGCAACGAUCAUGGAUUGGCAAAGCACACAUUGUCGGCGCCUCCGUGAAGCCGACAUAUUUCCGCCCGGGAACUCUUCAUCACGACGAUGGUACCAUCCACCCUCUUCCCCGAGGCAGUGAAGAAGGCGACGACGAGGAAGGCGAUGAAUGGGUACUGAUUGACUCUACACCCGCGAGUUGCGUUCAAAUCGGUUUAUAUCACUUCUUCCAAGACCGAGGACCAAUUGAUAUCGUUGUCUCGGGCCCGAAUUACGGUAGGAAUACCACGGCCGUUUUUGCGUUGUCGAGCGGCACAAUAGGAGGUGCAAUGGAGGCGGCGGUUAGUGGCAAGAAGUCUAUUGCUCUGUCGUAUGCCUUUACUUCCAGACAUCAUGAUCCGGUCGUCAUUGAGGAGGCGUCGAAACACUCGGUUCAAUUGAUAGAGUAUCUGCAUGCCAAUUGGGACGAUGCAGUUGAUUUAUACACUGUCAAUGUGCCACUUGAGCCUGGUAUCAGCAAGGCUAAGGUUGUAUAUACGCAUAUGCUUCACAACCAAUGGUCGAGUGGCAGCUGCUUUGAGGCCAUUGAUGCGUCUGCCUCUGGUGACGAACCGGGUCUUCAAGAGCGCGAUUUACGAGAACAAAGCGAGGGUCAAUUACAGGAUGGGGGCUCAUCUGUUUUGAAUAAGAAAACGGCAUUGCAACAUAAGCACUUCAAGUGGGCUCCUAAGUUGACUGAUGUAUAUCGAAGUGUGGAGGAGAGCAAGGACGGAAAUGAUGGCUGGACAGUCAAAGAGGGAAUGACGAGUGUCACUCCGCUCAGAGCGAAUUUUAUGCAUGCAGCUGGCAUCCAGGGAGAAAUCAAGCUAGGAACCAGGAAAAAUGAUAACUUCGACUUUUACUGCAUUCUUAAUUACGAAGAUAAAUACGUUCAGCCUUUACUCGAGGAACUGUUCGACAAACUUGCGAGCGAAAAUUCCUGCAAGAUCGUCAAGUCGGUCGCAGACCUUCCCGAUCCUUUCCAACCACUGUUGCAGUAUCGGGCCUAUGAGGAGAUCGAUUUUGACCAUAUCAUGUCGCAUCCGUCAACAUCCUUGACGAACUCGUUCAUUAUUCGGAAAGCUCUGAUCAGAAAGCAUUACCUAUCGACUACAAUAGCCAACUGGGUCUCAAAAUACCCCGACAGUAUCUUGAAGAAUCAUUUCAAACCAGCGUUUGACUUUGAGCUAGACUUUGCAGAGUUUCUUGACGAGGCGUUACUCGAAGCGUAUGAGUUACGAGAGAGCUUAGAUCAAAAUGAGUCGAGUGCAGAUGACGAGAAGGAAUGGUGGAUCUUGAAACCAGGAAUGAGCGAUCGUGGACAGGGUAUCCGUCUGUUCAACAGUGAAGCACAGCUUCAGGCGAUAUUCGAAGAAUGGGAUGUCGAGGAAUCAGAUGAAGAAGAUGAGGAAGGAAAUGGAGGAGACGGUACACAGGAUGAAUCGGGCUCAAGACUCAAUCCGAAUAAUGAACAAGGUGUUGUUACAUCGCAGCUCCGACACUUCAUUGCUCAACCAUACAUACAUCCGCCUUUGCUUCUCCCCUCGGCUUCUGGGAGAAAGUUCCAUAUCCGCACCUACGUCCUCGCAGUAGGAUCUCUUAAAGUAUAUGUCUUCAAGGAAAUGCUUGCCCUUUUUGCCGAGAAGCCCUACAAGGCUCCGUGGGAAGAAGACGACGAGAUUCGCGAUCUGAGUAGGCACUUGACAAACACAUGUCUGCAAGAGAACGGUAGCUCUACCGAAGGCACAGUACGAAGAUAUUGGUCGCUAGAUGAUGACAUUCCUAGCUUGGAGCCCGGUUGGAAAGACAGGGUGUUUGAUCAAAUAUGCGCAGUCACUGGGGAGACAUUCGAGGCCGCCUCUCGGGGGAUGCUUGUACAUUUCCAGACUUUGCCCAAUGCCUUUGAACUUUUCGGUUUGGAUUACUUAGUAGAUGCCGCCGGAAAGGCAUGGCUUCUGGAGGUGAAUGCUUUUCCAGAUUUUGGACAAACUGGUGACGAUCUCAAACAUGCCGUGGUUGGUCGACUGUUCGAGGCUACAAUUAAAGUGGCCAUCAAGCCAUUCUUCGCCAAAUCACAUGCAACAGACCCUGAUUUGAGACUGGUCACCGACCUAGAUCUCGGGCGAAAGGCGUGA